AUGCCACUGCGCAAGGAGCCACCAACACCACGCUCCGCUGCAGCAGCCUCUCGUCUCUCCUCCACCGCUUCCACAUUCACCUCAGGGUUAGAACCAUUGAUUCCCCUCAAAGCGGGCCAAACAUCGCUCCGGUCCCAAUCUAUACUUACUGAAAAGGAGUACGUUUCGGGACUAUCAAGUAUUAUCAAACGAGAUUUCUUUCCGGAUCUGGAUAGGCUGAAGGCGGAGAAUGCAUAUUUGGCUGCUGUUGAGAGUGAUGAUCCGGGCAGGAUACGGGAGGCGCUGGGUAGGUUGGUGCGGGUAGAUGGUGGGGUGGGGGAGGGGAAGCGGAGGAGGAUUGAGGGUACUCUGGGGAGGGGUGAAGGUGGAAGUGGACACAGGAGUGAAUGGGAUGAUACACCGCUAAUAGGUGCAUUGAAAGGGGCGUUUGAUCCCACGCCUGCCGCCUCAACUCCAGGGACAGCGUACGGAGAUCAAGUGGAGGGAGAGGCAGGGGAAGAGGAGCUAGUAUCUGGUAUCACUCCCAACCUGGACUUAUCGCUAGGAGCGUUUCAGGCGCAAUACACAUCCGAAGGCAACGCCAGCUUUUCUCAGCUUCUUGAUCGCGAUAACCAACGGCACAAACGCAAGUAUGCACAUUUGUUUGCUCGCGAAGAAGCAUCCAAUCAGCGGCGAAAGCAGAUCACACAGACUGAACAGGAAGAUGCAGAAAAGGGCAAACAGUUGGCGAUAGAAGCCAACCCAGAUCAUACAAAGUUGCUAGAGCAGGGAAGAAAGGCAAUGUUGAUGUUCGAAAGCACCACCGGAGGAACACUGGGCGAGGGUAAAGAGAAGGAGAAGGAAAAGAUAGUACUGGCAGAGAGGGAGAGGGAUCCGAUGGACGAUCUAAUCCUAGUUCCCGAGCCAAGGAAAGAUGAUCGCCCGGCACUUACAGGGCUUAACCGCUGGAAACACACCGCUAGAAACGCUCUGAUGUUCGGUCCUGAUGCAAAUACCGACAUUCUUCGUGCUUCUCUACAGCUCAAGGAAAGGGAGGAAGCGGAGAAGCCACAGACGAACUUUAGCGCUAUUCGAACUCUCGAUGAGUCGAACCCCAUCUCUGGUAGGGAAGAGAGGGAGGGCAGUGAAGCGGGUUGGUCUCCCAGCAGUUCACGUGUUGAUGCUGCAAUUCAACGCGGACGGGGCAGAGCAGAUUCGAUCACAUCUUCAGCAAUGGACGGAAUGGAUACGCCCAAAGUUAACGGAUAUGGAUUCAUUACUCCUUAUUCCACCCCCCAACACAGCUUGCAGGGUGAAGGGGAGGAAAAGAUGCACCUCCGAAUCUACAAUGCUAUCAAAGCGAAACGGCGUACCGAUCCCUCUCCUUCCCUUACCAUAAGUGGCGAGAGCGUUAGUGGAAGAGAAUUCAAACUGCCCAACCCUACACGGCGCGAACAGCUGGCUGUGAAGCUAACGGCUUCUGCUUCACUCAAACCUUCUUCGGGGGGUUUGACGCCGUACGGAACACAGAAAUACACCGGACUGUCCACGUUGAGGGCAAGAGCAUUUGCCAGUCCGAGGACGAAGAAAGCGGGAGAACUAACGCCUGCCGCGAGAGCGUUGUUGGAUAGAAGCACGCGUGGGUUGACGCCGAGUAACGGUGGUGGUGUGGGCGAGAGAGGUUGGACUCCUACUCCUCAACGUACUCAAAGGCGGAUGCCUUGA